GACGCCGCUGCUGGUUUGCAGGGUUAGCAGCCCCGAUAAAUACGGGCCUGAAACGAUACCGAGACCGAGAGACCCCGGUCUCGGCUCGCGGCUUUUGGCUUCGCGUCGCUUGGCGUGUCCGUACGUGCAUCUCUUUGACUGGCGUCGAGUCGCGCGGACAUUGGUCGGUCACACUUGGUUGCAUCGCUCGAGGAAUUGAGGGGAAGAGCGAGAAGAACGAACGCCUCGAGAUCCUUUGGUUCUCGAUCUCGCGCGACUCAUUGUCAAAAGUGAGACGGAUACGGAUGGUGCGGGUCCGUCCGUUUGUUAGAUCGUCAAUGAAACGCGUCUGUGAUUUUUUCAUUUCCUUUCCUUUCACACGGGACUACUACGCGUACCGCCGAGGUACGGUGGGAUAGACUCUCCAAACUCGUUGCGUUUCGAUCGUGUCUGUCUGGCCGAGAGGGAUUUCCCCGCCCGAUGAUAAUCGUCAUCGGAAAAGCAACUCGCGCCCGGUUCGCUCGCUCUUGCACGUGCUACCCUCGGGGAAUCGAUACUGGGACGCCGGCCGCCAAAACAGCCGGUUAUCGCUAAUAUUACGUUAUUGAGUGGACCGAGAAGAGGACCGAGCGUCAUACAGAGUAAACAUCCGUGUGUCGAUAACGCACGCCGGUGAGCAUCAUUUGUUUCGAGGGGUUAUCGUGAACCUCGUUCCCGUCGGAAUUCCCACGCGAUCUUUGCCUGAUCGAGUGCAGCACGCGCGGGGAGAUCGGCGGGAAGAAAAGAUUACAAGAGCCCCCGAAAUAUACCCCACGCCUGACGAAAAUAACAGUCGACCGAUAACACGAGGGACAAAGAGAGAGAGAGAGAGAGAGAGGGAAAGAGAAAUUGGUUCGUAUAUAGCGUAUAAAGCCCUCCUCUAUCUCCUUCCUUUGCCCUCCCGUCCCUUCUAAUCUUGUCAAAUGGUCGAGAGCAAGCAUCAUCGACGAACGAUGGAGGACAACGUCCCGGGAAACUCGAGCGCCGUCCUCGAGGAGAUCUUCUACGUGACGUCGAGGAGAAACACGUAUUACAAAGUUCGGCUGACGGAGAAGGGCCUGAGCCUGCACAAGGAGCACAACGGCACCGCCAAGACCGAGACGAUCGCCCUCGGCGACAUAAUCGGAUGCAGGUGCAUGCGCUCCAAGCGCAGGAACGCGGGAAGCUGCGCCUGCCGACCGGGCGCGUCCAAGUCGCAGCUCAAGCUCGUCGAGUCCGGCGAGAUUUACCAGCAGCAACAGUACGACGAGCACGACACCUCGGCCUAUCUCUACAUAUACGCGUACACUCUCAAAAAGAUGCGGAUCAAGGGCGCGAUGAGACGCGAACGCAUGACCAUCACCCUGCGCUUCCGCAGUUUCGACAAGUACGAGGACAAUCUGCGCGAGGCCAGCAGGUGGCGGCUGGCGAUUAAGUGUCUAGUCGCCAACGUGCCGGUGCCCAAGAAUCUCAUGAGCCCCAGUCACGGCAAUCUCGAAACAUUGAUAGGGGCGUGUCCGGGUGAGAAUCGGAAACUUUUGGUCCUAUUGAAUCCGAAAUCGGGACCCGGCAGGGGCAGGGAAACUUUCCAGAAGAGGAUCCAUCCGAUCCUGUCGGAGGCGGAGAGAUCCUACGAGAUUCAUAUCACCAAGUGUCCCAAUUACGCCCGCGAGUUCAUACGCACGAGGGAUAUCUAUCAGUGGUCCGGCUUACUGAUGGUCGGCGGCGAUGGGAUCGUCUUCGAAGUGGUGAACGGACUCUUCCAGAGACCCGAUUGGGAGAAGGCUUUACGCGAAUUGCCGCUCGGAGUGAUACCAUGCGGUUCCGGCAACGGAUUAGCCAAGUCUAUCGCUUAUGCUAAAGAAGAACCGUACGAUCGUAAUCCCUUGCUUAUCAGCGCGUUAUCGGCGGUCAAAUGCAAAAGAACACCGAUGGACCUCGUACGUGUAGAGACUAGGAAUCAGAUCCUUUUCUCGUUUUUAUCGGUGGGCUGGGGUCUGCUGGCCGAUAUUGACAUCGAGAGCGAACGGUUGCGCGCCAUCGGAGGCCAAAGGUUCACCGUAUGGAGCUUGGCGCGCCUAAUAGGACUAAGGACAUAUAAGGGCAAAGUAUCGUAUCUACCCUGUAACAAGGUUCCCCCGUUAGAAAACGGCAAGAUAUAUUGCAAGGACUAUCCUACGGAGAAUAUAUUGUCGCAUUCGAGAAGUUACGGCGACGAAUUGGACAGGUACUGUACCACACCAGAAUCAAAGAGCUACUACGAUGCUUUUGGUGAAUCGUCCAACGAAUUAAACGGUGAUAAUGAUGUGAUAACUGAGAAUUUGGCUCUCGAGACACAAAUCGAUAGAAGAAACAGACUAGGUAGCUUCUAUUCCGCAAUAUCGGCGAAGUCGACCUAUUUUAGCACAGGCUCGGCUAACUCGAGUUAUCACAGCAUCGGCGAGAAUGAUAGCACGGAGAUUGAUACGGAAAACAUUUGUAAGAACCAAGUUAUGUACGGACCGCCGUCUACGCUUCCAGCGUUGACUACGCAACUCUCAGAUUCCUGGACAAUGGUGCAAGGGGAAUUCGUAAUGGUACACGCGGCCUAUCAAACGCAUUUAGGACAGGAUUAUUUUUUUGCACCACGUGCUAGGCUGGCAGACGGAGUUAUUUGGCUUUUAAUAGUUAAAGCCGGCAUCACACGGUCUAACUUGGUGCAAUUUUUACUAGGUCUGAGUAGCGGGACUCAUGUAACUUGUCCUGGCGUUGAUAUGAUACCGGUGAAAGCAUUCCGGAUAGAACCUAUGGAAGGAACGAGUGGACACAUAACCGUAGACGGCGAGGAAGUUGAUUACGGACCGUUGCAAGCAGAGAUAUUCCCUUCUCUAGCAUCGGUGAUGACACCCUGACAUAAACAGUAAUUAUAUAUAUCUAUAUAUAUAGGUGAUAUCGGUAACCAAAUCAAAUCUUCUUCUUCAGGUAUAAAUUAUGAAAAUGAGGGAUUCAUUCUAGACUCUAGCUUGGAAUAAAUUAGUUACGAUAGUAUAUAAUCAGAUUGUCAAUAUGUAUUAAUACGAAUAUAUCUAUUAAGAUAUUUAGGAUUGUACACUUUUAAAUUGACAAUCUAUGUAGGCUAUUUAAAAUGAAUAAUGAAUAAUAAUCUUGCAAUAUGCUCAUAAAGAAAAGUUCUUUUUGCUAUCUUCAUAAUGAAGAUGCAGUAUUAAAAUAAAUAUAUAUAUACAGGUAAAAUUAUUUAUAUUAACCCCUAAGGGUUGAAUGGGUUAAUGAGUCUGUUACAUCCUAGUGGAUACAUUUAGCUAUUUUGUAAAGUUUUCUAUCAGUUUGUACAGUGUAAUCUAUAUAUGCAAUAGAGGGUCUGUUCUUUGUAAGUGAACUGACAAUGAGCUGAACUGGCUGCACUAGGUCAGAGUUUAUUUUUUUCUCUCCACGUUAGAAGUAGAAAGAUAAAUUCUGACCUAGUGCAGCCAGUUCAGCUCAGUUCAGCUAUAAAGAACAGAUCCAUAGUGAUAUUCUUUGCUCACUAUUGUAAGUUAUAUACUGUAAGAUAUAUCGUGUAUUACUAUAUGAAGUUAAUUAAUAACAUUUAUUUUUUACGGAUUGAAUUUUUUGCGGAUUGAUGUUAGAAAAUUAUUUGUUCGAAAAUUUUAUUCCGUUCGUUUGUCUCCUUGCAUUAAAUUCUUUAAUGCAUAAUAAUUGCAUUUUUUUUAAUUAUUGUAUACGCCGCAUAAAUGAAAGAGUAUUCUAAUGAUAAGUAACAUGCCAAUACAAUCAGAUUGAGGCUAUGUGCUUAUCUCAUUUCUUUGUAACGUAUUUAAAAUAUUUAAUACAUGCGUGACUAAAAUUAUAAGUUAUAAAAUUAUUAUCAAUAAUAUCCAUAUUGUAUUCAAAAUGUUGGAAAAAUGUUAAGAUUAUUUAAUUAUCAAUUUUUAGUUAUAUAAAUUUCUUUUCUGAUUGUUACGUUGUUUCAUGUUGAUUAUUGUAUAUAUUUGAUAAAAAUACAAUUAAGAUUGAAAAGAA